AUGGCACCAGAUCAAAAACCAAACGAUAGAGCUUCAAUUGGGAUAGUUGGAGCAGGCUUGGUUGGGUGCUUAGCUGCUUUAGCUUUCUCGCGAAAAGGAUACGACGUCAGUAUUUUCGAUUUGAGACCAGAUCCAAAAAGCGUGGAUCGAUCAAAGAGAAACUUGCGAUCCAUCAACCUCGCAGUUAGCAAGCGAGGCAUUCGAGCUGUUGAGUAUGUUGAUGAAACAUUGUCAAGGAAGAUACUUGACCAUGUAAUUCCUAUGAAGGGAAGAAUGAUACACGACAAAACUGGGUUGAAGCAAGAGUCUCAGUUGUAUGGGUUGAAUGGUGAAUGCAUCAAUUCGAUUGAUAGGUCCUACCUCAAUGAUUUGUUGUUGGAAGAGUUGGGUAAAAGUGGGGUGAAAGUCUACUUUGAGCAUAAAUUGAUUAAGUUGAGCAACGUGGAUACUGAUCCAACAAUGGAGUUUGCAACGAAGGACAGCAUUGUGAAGUUUGAUUUUGAAUACAUUAUAGGUGCUGAUGGUGCCCAUUCUCACUUCAGACACCAAAUGCAAAAGGGCAUGCGGAUGGACUUUUCACAAAAGUACAUUGAUAUGCAAUACAUAGAAUUAUACAUACCACCAGAUCCAAAGAAAAAGUUUGCAAUCGAUGCUAACCACUUGCACAUUUGGCCGCGACAUGAUUAUAUGUUGAUUGCAUUGGCCAACGAGGAUGGGUCAUUUACAUCUACUUUCUUUAGCCCUUGGUCUGUCAUUGAGUCAAUAAAAUCGAGCAGCGAGUUUACUCAAUUUUUCAAAACAAGCUUCCCUGAUGCGUAUAAACUCAUUGGAAAGGAGGCAUUGAUCAGUGUUUACGAUAAUAAUCCAAGAGGACCAUUAAUGCAGAUUAGUGCUUAUCCCUAUAACAGCCCCCUUGGAAAAGCAAUCAUAAUAGGAGAUGCUGCGCACUCUAUGGUGCCUUUCUACGGACAAGGAAUGAACUGUGGAUUUGAAGAUGUAAGAAUAUUGAUGGAGUUGAUUGAGGCAAACGAAAGCAUUGAGAGGGCCUUCUUGGCCUACUCUCCACAAAGAAAAGACGAUUUAGAUGCUAUUUGCAAGUUGGCGUUGGACAAUUAUUACGAGAUGUCAUCAAAGGUGACUAACAUCUGGUAUUUGACAAAGAAAAAGUUGGAUUACACUUUGGGAUCCUGGUUCAGGAACAAAUGGUUGCCUUUGUAUACAAUGAUUUCGUUCAGAGAUGAUAUUCCAUACUCCAGGGCAGUUGCGAUCGAAGAAAGGCAAUCGAGAAUAUUAAACAACUUGCAAGUCGGUCUUGUGAGCUCCAUUUUGAUCUAUGGUGUCGUUCAAGGAGCAAAGCUUUAUGAAAAAUGGAGACCUCGGUAG